AUGGCUUCCACAUCAGAGGAGAAUCUCUACUGUCCCAUCUGUCACGACAUCUUCACAGAGCCUGUUGUUCUGUCAUGUAGCCACAGCUUCUGUAGAGACUGUCUGAAGACCUGGUGGAGACAGAAACCAACACACGACUGUCCAGUUUGUAAGAGGAGGUCUUCAAGAGAAGAAGCACCUGUUAGUUUGGUUUUGAAGAAUCUGUGUGAGUCCUUCCUCCAGCAGAGAGCUCAGAGAUCUUCAGAGUGUCUCUGCAGUUUGCACUCUGAGAAACUCAAACUCUUCUGUCUGGACCACCAGCAGCCAGUGUGUCUCGUCUGCAGAGAUUCAGAAAUACACUCCAACCACAGAUUCAGGCCCAUCAGUGAAGCUGCAAAACAACACAAGGAGGAACUUCAGGAAACUCUGAAGCCCUUAAAGGAGAAGCUGAAGGUUUCUGAACAAGUCAAAGUGAAGUUUGAUCAAACAGCAGAACACAUUAAGGUCCAGGCCCGACACACAGAGAGGCAGAUUAAGGAGCAGUUUGAGAAGCUUCACCAGUUUCUGAUAAAGGAGGAGGAGGCCAGGAUGGCUGCACUGAGGGAGGAAGAGGAGCAGAAGACUGGGAUGAUGAAGGAGAAGAUGGAGGCUCUGAGCAGAGAGAUAGCAGAUCUUUCAGACACAGUCAGAGCCACAGAGGAGCAGCUGAGAGCUGAAGACGUCUCAUUCCUGCUGAACUACAAGACUGCAGCAGAAAGAGUCCAGAGCUGCCUCCUGAUGGAGGAUCCACAGCUUCACCCAGGAGCUCUGAUAGACCAGGCCAAACAUGUGGGCAACCUGAGCUUCAACAUCUGGAACAACAUGAAGGACAUGGUCUCCUACACUCCUCUCAUUCUGGACCCAAACACUGCACAUCCAAAACUCAUCCUGUCUGAUGAUCUGACCAGUGUGGGAUAUGGCGAUGAACAGCAGCUUCCUGAUAAUCCAGAGAGGUUUUAUCCUGGUGUCUUUGUUCUGAGCUCUGAAGGCUUCAACUCAGGGACUCACAGCUGGGAUGUCGACAUCGGAGACAGUUCAUUGUGGGCACUAGGUGUUUUACAAGAGUCUGUCCAGAGGAAGGCAAAGAUAGAGUCUGGAUCAUGGAGAAUAGCGUUCUAUGAAGGUAAAUACUCUUCAGGGUCACCGUCAGCUCCCCCCACUUAUCUCUCAGUCCAGAAAAAGGUCCAGAGGAUCAGAGUGAAUCUGGACUGUAACAGAGGAAAACUGUCGUUCUCUGAUCUUGAUACUAAAACACACAUACACACCUUCAAUCACACUUUCACUGAGAGGAUGUUUCCGUACAUAAACACCAAGAAGACAGUGAAGAUUUUACCAGUAAAAGUCUCUGUGGCAGUAGAACAGAUCAGUUAGAGAUCAAGAGGAUCAAUAGAUUCAAAAUGUUUCUCUGUCUCACUUCUUUCUGCAAACACAAUAUUUUACCUUCAUAGUGUGAAUAUUUUCAGAAUUGGGGGGAACUUUGUCAGAUUUUGUUGAUUUUUAUA